UCGUUCGACUUGGUACAACAUUUUGUUAGGUAAAAUUUCACUUUCAAAUUCUACGGUAAAAUUGCCUCAUUUCGUAUUCGACCAAUGAGCGAACGAUACCAGGAUCGUACGAUUCGAGUUACGUUUCGAUAAUCAUUACAGUCAAGUAUGAUCGAGUGGGAAGUUUGAAAUUUACGUCUAUCCGUGUUUUCGAAACAAGCUAAAUUCGCUGAAACGGAAAGAAAAUAAAAGUUAACAGUAACUUCGAUUAACAAUGAUAGCGUAAAAACAGGUAGGAUCGGCAAAAGAGGGAGAAAAAAGUAAGGAUGUGGCGCGAGAAAACGAGAACCGUGCCUGAAAAGUGGUCGCGUCGCGUGUGUUCCGAAAAACCGCGGUCGUCUGUGGCAGUGGCACCCUUUCACAGCUGUAUCGGCGUCGCGCGCAUCUCAUUCGACUCGUUCCGCGACAGCAGAAAUCAAGAUGGCGCUCCUCUGUUUGCGGAUAGUUCUGCGACGGAUAUAAAUACGUGAAAAAAACAGUGCGAGAAACGGUUACGGGCAAUCGAGUAGGUCGUGGCGAUCGGUACACGAUAAUCGUAAAAGUUUGACCGGCUGGUAACGCGUCGCGAUAACCGUAAGGCAGGAUAGCCGGUAAAGCCGCAGCGGUAUUUCGAACGUCGGCGAAGGUGCUGUCGGUGCCCACCUGAGGAAUGCCAGAUUAUCCUCGCUAGGGCAACUCGCUCGGCAGGGGGAUGCUAAUCGCGUGAGGGAUCGCGUGCAAGUCGAUCGAAAGUGUUCUCGUCGGUGAUCCCCCGCCAAGGUGUACGGUCGUAUCUUCCGUGACGUAUGUGUGUCGCGGAGGGUUGCGAGACAGGUCGGUCGCGAGUGUCGUCGUCGUCGUCGUCGUCGUCGCCGUCGUCGCUGUCGUCGUGGUCGACUUCGUGUUCGUGUUCGGUGUGCCGCGAGUGGCGUUUUUCGCGGCUUCGAUGCGCUCUCGUCCUCCCCUGGAUUUCUGGACAGGCGAGAUCAGCUGCUGCUGGAACAACUAGUCCGGCGGCUCCGGGAGACGAUACCCUUCGACAGGAGCGGUGGGGCAAGGAGGUGCCGGAAGCAGCCGCGAGUCCGGAAGCAUAACGAAGAAGAUGGCCUUCAACGAGAAGGUGGACCCCGAGCUGAUAUUCACGAAACAAGAACGAAUUGGGAAGGGUAGUUUCGGUGAGGUGUUCAAAGGUAUCGACAAUAGGACCCAGCAGGUUGUCGCCAUCAAGAUCAUCGAUCUCGAAGAAGCGGAGGAUGAGAUCGAAGAUAUACAGCAGGAAAUCAUGGUGCUGUCACAGUGUGACAGCCCAUACGUCACCAAGUAUUACGGGUCCUAUCUCAAGGGAACGAAACUAUGGAUUAUUAUGGAGUACUUGGGUGGCGGCUCGGCCCUGGACUUGAUGAAGGCCGGUAGCUUCGAGGAAAUGCACAUCGCGGUGAUAUUACGCGAGGUGCUCAAAGGGUUGGAUUACCUUCACAGCGAACGAAAGCUUCAUCGUGAUAUUAAAGCGGCGAACGUUUUGUUGAGCGAAAUGGGCGACGUUAAAUUGGCAGACUUCGGCGUGGCUGGCCAAUUGACCAACACGACCAGUAAAAGGAACACUUUCGUUGGUACACCGUUUUGGAUGGCACCGGAAGUCAUCAAGCAAGCUUCCUACGAUUCCAAGGCUGACAUUUGGUCGCUCGGCAUCACGGCGAUCGAAUUGGCGAAAGGAGAACCACCGAACAGCGAACUGCAUCCUAUGAGGGUCCUGUUCCUUAUACCGAAGAACAAUCCUCCCCAGCUAACCGGAAAUUACACGAAGCAGUUCAAGGAGUUCGUCGAGGCCUGUCUAAACAAGGACCCCGAAAACAGGCCAACGGCGAAAGAGCUGUUGAAGUUCCAGUUCAUCAGAAAGGCGAAGAAAAACUCGUACCUGAUCGACCUCAUAGACCGGUACAAAAAGUGGAAGUCGCAGCGAAGCGAGGAAUCAGAAACGGAGAGCGAGAAUUCGGACUCAGAAGAGUCGAAGCAGGAUAGCGACAUGGACGAACCAUGGAUAAUGACCGUGAAAGGUCCACACGGUGUGAAAGGUUCCGUGGUGCCCAUGCUACCGCUGGACGAGCAACCAGCCUCGUUGACCUUAACACACACGCCGAACCACAGGUCCUCGAAUCACAAUCAGCAAACGAAGCCACACGCUAACGGAGCCUCGAGAUCUCCGCCAAAGGAUUCGACGUUGAAUCAUUACAGGAGCGAGUCGAGGGAUUCGGUACGCGAUGGCCAAGCAAAACACACGCCGUCCCGGCCACACGAGGCCGCGCCACCACCGCCCGUAGACACGCGAGAGAAACGAGAGGAUCGCGAUUACCGAGACUUCGAUCGAGAUUCCUCGUUGAGAGAAUUGAAGGAUAUGCGAGACACCAGAGACGCCAGGGACAGAGAGAGGGACAGAGAAGGACGGGAAAGGGACAGGGAUAGGGACAGAGGCAGGGAUAGAGAAUUCGGUUCGAGAGAGAAGACAAGGAGCGGCAAACGGGAAGUAUCUGUCGUACCUAUGGCAGACCAUAGGCCCGGUGAAGAGAAACAGAGACCGAGGAGCUCGCAGGAAUUGAAGCAUCCUCGAAGUGCAGCUCUUUCCGGUGUCCUUUUACCUCUCCUUGCCGAGCUUCAACGGAAGCAUCAAUAUUCGGCAAGAGACAAUAAUGGCGAGGGCGGAAGUGGUAUCGGCAAGAAUGGCGGAUCCACGAUAGAGGAACUACGCAACGCGUUUGAAACAGCGGAACGCACUUCACCUGGAAUGACAGAGACCCUUAUCAGGGAACUCCUCAAGUCUUUACUUCCUGCCAAUCACUCGGAGGGUCGUUUGUCUAUGCUGAUGGAAAAAGUAAUCCUAAGGGAUACGUAGGGACGCGAGAGAGCGAGGGUUCGCAAGAGAUUGUGGUCCGAAAACAUCCUGACGUUGUAAGGAUUCGUUGUAUCUCGUUUAACAGAGUUAUUAUUCCGUACGAGCCGGUACGUUGUUGACGAUUGCCAGGUGCGAACGUGAGAGGAGAGUAGAAGAAGAACGUCGCCGCAACGACCCGGACAUUUUUCUUUCCCUUUGGUCUGCCUAGACUAACCUAAGCAGCCGAACUCGUCACAGAGCGUUCUUCACUUUCGAUCGAUACAAGUCCGUCUUUUCUUUCCAAUUCGACGCAAAGUACUCGUAAAUUAUAGUUACGACGCUUUGCUUAAAAUUAACUCGUUCUACGAUACGAACGAACGAAUUUUCCAUUUUAACCAGAGAAACUUAGAGAUUUAUCUAUCGCAGUAUAAAGAAAAGAAAAAGAACAAAAAAAAAAGAAAUUAUACCAUCCAAUUGUCCUCGUACGGGGACUACAGUUAACGUUAAACAUUAAAAGAAAAAAGAAUAUUAGUCCCCCACCUAUCCUCGAUCGUUAAAGAUUAGUAUUUGAAAAAAAAAUAAGAGGAAAAGGCAAAGAAAAUGUAGGAGAUAGUUGAGAAAUAUUUUUACAAAUCGUGCAACCACCCGUUCAGGAUUCUUCGUACGUUCUUCGUGUUCGGUGUUCGACGCAACCUCAAACAGCGAAAGAUGAUGUAGCGUAGAUUUCGACAAACGUGUCUGGUGUAUAACAAGAAACAGGAAAAAUGAUAAAGGUUAAUCGUUGAAGGUAUCAUCUUGCCUCGUUGUAGACACAUCCGGAACAUGCACUAUCACCCAUAUCACUGGAACGUCUAAAUCGUAUCUAACUCGCGUUGAUUCCUUUUUCCGAGUAUUUUUAAGUGUUCGAGAACUAAACGCUUUUAACGGACUGUAAAGUUAGACAAUAUUUAUUUAAGCGGUUUAUAACUGACGGGAGACGAAAGUUCGGUUAACAGAGGAAGAAGAGAACUGCUGUUUAAACGAAUGCCUUCCUGUCGCUUCCUGGCGUUAGUGCACGUUUCGGAUCUGAUGGAGAAUCGAGAAAGGAAGAAGAGCAGCGCCUCCGUGAUCCGGAGGCAUUGUAAAUAUGUAUGUAGCACGAUAAGAUAGUCUUAUUGUUCUAACGAUCGACGUCUCUGCCAGUCGGUUGCGCAGCUCCGUAACGCGAUCCCGUUUUACCCUCUACACCUCUGAUAUUUACAAGGAACAUCAGCCAAUCGUCUUCUUUCGCUUUCGAUAUAAGUUUGCAGGUUUAUCAAACUAUCGAUAGAAAGUCAGCUUCGAAAGUAGCAAUUUUCGAAGAGUGAUUUUACCUUCUUAAAUUUGAUCCAGCUUCUUGAAAAGUUUUGUCAAAUUUAGAAUUACCGUUUGACUGAUAUUUCUUGUUAAUUUCCUAUGAAACACGAGUCCAGUUCAGACACGGUGGUAAGCGGUAUUCUAUUCGAGCGAGUGGUAGCGCGUGAACCACACGGAACAUCUGUGCUUUUUUCAUUUUUUUCUUUCCUCCCGAGAACAGAGAGAGCUCUUCCAUUAGUUUCGCCCGGGUAGAGUUCUUCGGUGAGCCGUUCCACGAUCGAGCCAGAGCUGUGAUAACUCCCGCGAGACGUCGGCACUUAAUCCACGUUGUUUGUAAACUAAUGUAUUUUAUAAAGUAUAUAUUAUAUAUAGAGAGAGAAAAAGAAACGCGAUGAGAUUCUUCGCAAAGAAAGAUAGAACCAGAGAAAUUAAAUAAUCUUGGCAGAUACAUGGAUGGUCGCGAAAAACAACACGUUCACGCGCCAUCUUGACAGAUUGAAACGAAGAAACGUAAGAGAGUGAUAGAAUGCAAGAGAGAGAGAGCAAGAGAACGCGUGUAUGUGUAAAAGAGUGAAAAAGAUAAGAGAACGAAAAUGCGUUCAGCGUUACGCGAGGGUGGAAAUUAACGUAAAAAAUUGUAACGAGAACAUUAGUAUUAAUUAACAGGAAAUCGUGCUGAAAUGAAGAGAAAGGUAACAGAGUGACCUAACUAUCGUAAGCACGCAAGUACAUGUUACGUAGUUGCGUUUUAUUCCAGUCAGCGUGACGGUCAAUAGGAGGAAACCGUACGAACUCCUGCGAUUAUUAUUAUCAAUAUCAUUAUUAUUAUUAUCAUUAUUAUUAUUAUUAAUAUUAUUAUUAUUAUUAUUAUUAUAUUAACAUUGCCGGCGACGAUGAACGAGAUUAAUUGUUAGAACGUGAACACCUCUGAUCUCCGCUUUUACCACUUCCUGUUGUUUUCUUCUCUUUUUAUCCUCAAGAUUCGUUCUCCCGUCGUCUUUUCCACGAUUCGUCGUUCUUGUACUUUUCCUUUUUUUCUUCUGAAUCAAGAAGGAACGAAAAGACGAAACGAUAUCGUAGGAUGAUCUUAACUAUCCUUUAAUCGAAUUAUCUUAGUUGAUAUUGCUACACUUGUCUAUUGUUAAUAUUACUAAUUUAUCCAAGCCUUAUUUGUUGUUUCACCGUUGGGUUAGGUUUUCUUUUCGAUGACUUUUUACGACGGUCGCUACACCCCAACCCCCCGAGUCAUCCUCAUAAAAAGCUGCCAUAAACGCUUACCGGCUACGCUCUAAUAAUAAAGAACUCAGAAAACUCGAAACAAUUUUCAACGAAUUAUCUUCCCGUAUUUCUUCUUCCGAUCCUUGCAACGAACAACCACACCGAUACGGUUUAAAACGCGUGUCGAUCGAAAAAUCGACGAGAGUAUUCUCCUCGUCUAGAUCGUUUAACUUUCUAAAAUCGAACGAGUGCUGCUUCGAUUUCUUUCUCGUGUGCUCGAACACAAUUUCGAUCGCGUGUAGAACGUAUGGCUGUGUAUGCGAGCGUGUUUUAACCCCUUGACGUACAACUUGAUUAAUAAAGACUAUUUCAUAUAGAUGCCGUUCGAUUUCAUUGAAAUUUAUAUAUGUACGUAUAGGUGAAAGCGUUCGUUAAUGCAUUCCUUACCUUGUAAAGUGGAAUAAAUCUAUGACUGCGACGCGUCGAGUGUCUCUUUCCAUCGGAUAACGUUUGUGGAAAUAUUGUUUCGCGCCAAGGGGUUAAUCUUCGGGGCGUAGCGGUCGAUCUCUUGUGUCCAGAUAGAUAAUGGUUGGUCUAUCAAAGAAAUUCUCGAAGAGGUGGUUCACCGCGGACGUUCAUGUUCUUAGCAAGUAUUAGACCUUUCUUGUCGUUUAACAUGUUGACUAGCAUGGAGGUCACCGGUGACCGUCGUUAAUCGAUACCACUGAAAUUGCACCAAUAUUUCGGAAUACCAAAACGAGGAAAUAAAUUAAAUGAUCAAUCUUUAGAGUCUCUCCAGUUUGUUAUUUAAAAUUACCGACGCAAUUUUAGCGACAUUUAGAAUUUCGGGUCAACGCAUUGAUCGCUUUCAACAGCAAUAAAUUAGAUAGCGCGUUCUAGUUCCACUAAUAACGGUUUUAACAAACAGAUUCGACGAAUGUUAAUAUUUAGAUGCGAAGAGUUAGCGAGACAAUGUCUGAUCAAAUUUCGAAACGUUAUCGAGAGAGUUUAUCUGAAUUUGUGCACGCUCGUAGAAAGAAAACGGAUUUCCGCGUGAAACACCAAGUCGAAAUCUCAUUUUCAUUUGGGAACAUGUUUCUUUAUCUUUGUUCCAUAGCCAUACGUUUACGAAAAGAAUAUUUUCUACGUGCACCAUGCUUUCAUCGAACGUUUACGAAAGAUCGAUCGUUCAAGCUUUAUCUUCCUUGUGUAAAUCGUUUUGAUAGAUCAUCGUUUAAGAAGUGCUGUGAUCUCGAGUUUCGUUGCUUUUAGUUUGCAUAAACGACGAUACAGAACGAGAAUCGAAGAAAGAUCGUGAUCGUUUUUAUUAUUAACGAUUCGCAUCACGUUCAAUCCGAAUUACGUGUCCUACUGUAACCCAGCACUCUUCUUUGUAUUAUAUUCUUAGCUAUUAUCCAAUAAUAUAUUCAGCGUUAUAUCAUCGUGGUAACAAUAACAUUAACUAUCGACGUAGAAUAUAAAUAUAUAUAUAAAUACAUAUAUAUAUAUAUAUAUUUUUUGUAUUUUACUUCUACCUUGGCUGCAUUGGACUGUAUUAUAUUGAUUGUAUGUGGCAUGCUAAGGGCGUGUACAAAUACGAAAUAAAGAUUAAAUAAAUCACGAAU